AUGCCUCGAGAAGCUGAGAUAUCGCUCAAUGAGCGUGAAUUUAUCAAACAAGCACUGCAAGAGCAGAUUCGCAUCGACAGGCGCGCUUUUGACGCUUUUCGCCCGCUUGAGCUCACUUUUGGCGAUGAAUAUGGUGUCGCCGAUGUGCAACUGGGCAAGACCAGGGUCAUUGCUCGCAUAUCAGUAGACGUAACAACACCACCCCCAGAGCGCAAGUUCGACGGCAUCUUCCAAAUAGUCACAGAGUUCUCUCCAAUGGCGUCACCAGCAUUCGAAGUUGGCCGACCCACAGAUGCUGAAGUCAUCCUCUCGCGCAUACUCGAAAAGGCCAUUCGUCGCUCCAACGCUCUCGAUACGGAAUCGCUUUGCAUUAUCGCCGGCUUGAAAUGCUUUGCUCUCCGCGCAGAUGUACACAUAGUUGAUCAUGAUGGUGGCCUCAUCGAUGCGUCCUGUAUUGCCGUCAUGGCAGCACUACAGCACUUUAGGAGACCCGAUGUCGUAGUUGAAGGCGAGAAAGCAACCAUUCUCAGCGUACGCGAACGCGAACCGAUACCCUUGUCUAUUCUUCACCAGCCACUCUGUGUGACAUUCUCGUAUUUCGAAGGGGAGAUAUUUUUAGUGGAUGCAAACCUGGCUGAAGAGCAAGUUCGACAAGGAGAAGUGAUUAUUACCAUGAACAAACACGGAGAGGUUUGUCAGAUCGCCAAAUAUGGAGGGGCCACUAUCCACCCGCUCGCCCUACUAAAUUGCACAAACAUCGCGCAACAAAAGGUUAAGGAAAUAGGCGCGUUCAUCCAGAAAAGGCUUGAAGAAGAUGCGAAGGAAAGGGAUGCAGGAGGACUGAUGGCUGAGCUGAGCGCUGAAAACGCCAGGUGA